AUAAAGUACCAUGAACGACACCUCAAAAUUUCGAAAGAAGUGGCAGAUAGGGCAGGAGAAGGAAAAGCGUACGGUAAUCUUGGCAACACCUACAGAAAUCUUGGAGAUUUCCAGAAAGCCAUAAAGUACCAUGAACGACACCUCGAAAUUUCGACAGAAGUGGGAGACAGGGCAGGAGAGGUAAGAGCAUACUGUAAUCUUGGCAACGCCUAUGACAGUCUUGGAGAUUUCCAGAGAGCUAUAGAGUACCAUGAAAGAGACCUCAAAUUUUCGAAAGAAGUGGGAGACAGGGCAGGAGAGGGAAGAGCAUACUGUAAUCUUGGCAACGCCUUUAUAGCGCUUGGAGAUUUCCAGAAAGCCACAGAUUACCAUGAACGACACCUCAAAAUUUCGAAAGAAGUGGGAGACAGGGCAGGAGAAGGAAAAGCGUACUCUCAUCUUGGCAACGCCUAUCACAGAAUUGGAGAUUUCCAGAAAGCCAUAGAGUACCAUGAACGAGGCCUCAAAAUUUCGAAAGAAGUGGGAGACAGGGCAGGAGAAGGAAAAGCGUACGGUAAUCUUGGCAACGCCUAUCACAGUCUUGGAGAUUUCCAGAAAGCCAUAGAGUACCAUGAACGAGGCCUCAAAAUUUCGAAAGAAGUGGGAGACAGGGCAGGAGAAGGAAAAGCGUACGGUAAUCUUGGCAACGCCUUUAGAGAUCUUGGAGAUUUCCAGAAAGCCAUAGAGUACCAUCAACGAGAUCUCAAAAUUUCGAAAGAAUUGGGAGACAAAGCAGGAGAAGGAAAAGCAUGCGGCAAUCUUGGCAACGCCUUUAGUGAUCUUGGAGAUUUCGACAAAGCCAUAGACUACCUUGAACGAGACCUCAGAAUUUCGAAAGAAGUGGAAGAUAGAGCAGGAGAAGGAAGAACGUACGGUAAUCUUGGCAACGCCUAUUACAGGCUAGGAAAUUUUAAGAAAGCCAUAGAGUACCAUGAACGACACCUCAAAAUUUCAAAAGAAGUGGGAGACAGGGCAGGAGAGGGAAAAGGGUACAGUAAUCUUGGCAUCGCCUUUAGAAAUCUUGGAGAUUUCCAGAAAGCCAUAGAGUACCUUAAACGACACCUCAAAAUUUCGAAAGAAGUGGGAGACAGGGCGGGAGAAGGAAGAGCGUACGGCAAUCUUGGCAACGCCUAUGACAGCCUUGGAGAUUUCCAGAAAGCCGUUCACUAUUAUCAAAACAGUGUCAUUGCCUUCGACCAGAUCAGGGGAAAUCUCAUAUCUAAUGACGAAUGGAAGAUUAGCCUAAAGAGUACGUAUGAUCAUAUUUAUUUGAGGCUAUGGGGCCUACAGUUUAAGCAAGGUAAAUUCAUCGAGGCCCUGAUAACUGCUGAUCAUGGACGUGCACAAGCUUUCAAUGAUCUUCUGGAGUUCAAGUAUGGGUUGAAAGGGUUACGUCCAGAAAUAGGAACACUCUCUGCAACAACGCCCGACAUUCUUAGUUACCUGCCACCAAAUACAGCUUUUAUAGGUAUCGACGAGGGAGGAAUAGUUCUCUGGGUGAAUGAGAAAGGAAAAGAAAUCAAAACAAGAAGAACUCCGAUCGAUGUUUCCGUUACAACCUAUUUUCAGUCUCUAUUGGAGGCUACACGGAAAGAAAUAGGUGUGAGGGCUGAUGCUAACUGUGAAGAUCGCUCAUUAAGGAACCCAAGCGAUAAAAAGUUAGCAGAAGAAAGAUCCCUCUGUAAGUCAAGGUCUCAAUCCUCAUGUUUUGAGACAAAGUCAUUACAAACAUGGUACAAUGUUGUUAUAGACCCUAUUAGAGACUUACUCGACGGCAAUAAAAUUGUGAUUGUUCCAGAAGGACCUCUGUGUUUGGCGCCUUAUGCUGCUUUCAUGGACAAGAAAUCAAAGUACCUCUGUGAAACGUUCAGGAUUUGUCUGCUCCCCUCGCUUUCUAGUCUUCGAUUAAUCCAAGACUGUCCAGCAGAUUGGCACAGCAAGACUGACGCUCUUCUUGUCGGCGAUCCGUGGGUUCAAGAGGUAAUUUAUGAAGGAGAGAAAUUAAAGCAGUUAGAGUACGCCGAAAAGGAAGUGCAGAUGAUUGGGGAAAUACUUCAAACUGCACCUCUCGUUGGAAAGCAUGCAACAAAAGAUGAAGUUUUAAGACGUAUUUCCUCGGUUGGUUUGGUGCACAUUGCUGCUCACGGUAAAAUGGAAACAGGAGAAAUUGCCUUGGCCCCUAACACAACACGUUCAUCCCCGAUUCCUGUCAAAGAGGACUAUCUCUUAACUAUGAAAGAUGUUUUAAAGGCGCAGAUUGAGGCAAGACUUGUUGUACUCAGUUGCUGUCAUAGUGCUCGCGGAGAGGUCAAAUCUGAGGGCGUGGUCGGUAUUGCACGGGCCUUUUUGGGUGCUGGUGCUCGUUCUGUUCUGGUCUCCCAAUGGGCGAUUGACGACGAGGCUACGAUGGAGUUCAUGAAAUUUUUCUACCGACAACUAGUCAAUGGAAGAAGUGCCAGUGAGGCUCUGAAUGAGGCCAUGAAAUCCAUGAGAGAAUCUGACUGCUUUAGCGGAGUGAAGUACUGGGCACCGUUUGUUCUCAUUGGUGACGACGUGAGGCUUGAGUUUGAGGGCAUCAAAUAA